GAGCCGGGCUGAAGCAGUUUGUUAUCUCUGAACUUUGACUUUCUGAAUGAAGUAGAGCACAACACAGAGAAGCAGAGCAAAGAACAAGAGGGAACAAUACUCCAAAUCCUGUACGAGUGACGCCUGACCGCUAUUUAUAUAGAGUCUCUCUUCCUUCCCCCUGGAGCACUGAUGGCUGCGCUGUUUGGUAGCGUUUUACUCCUGGUGUGUGUUCAUGAGAGUCAAGCACUGGACCUGCUGAGUGCUACUGCAACAUCAGGGGAUGCUCCACCCGUUCCCAGGGUGUACUGCUGGUGCGCCAGCUAUCCAAAUGUGACCACUUGCUCGUGGCCUGAACCGUCCCCCUCCGCUCCAGCACGUUACAUCGCCACCUAUAGGGAGAGGAACAACCAGGAAAGCACCAAAGAAUGCCAUCUCAUCCCACCCGGCCCUUCAUCGUCAUCCUACGAACAGCUCUGGCGCUGCCACCUGCCCAACCUGAAACUCCUCACUGACUACAUCAUCAACGUCACAGCUGUUCACUCCAGUGGAAGCAGCUCCCAUCUGACAAGCUUCAUGCUGGAGGAUAUAGUGAAACCAGAUCGUCCUGUAGACAUCCGGGUUUCCCCUCACGGGCCAAGAAAGAUGUUGCUAGAAUGGUCCCCCCCCCCUACUUGGACCAACAUGAACAUCCUCCCCCUAAAAUACCACAUAGUCUACAAGUGGAUACACAGGGGCACCCCAAUGUUGGUCAAUCUGGGUCCCUUUGAGAACACCAGGAUGGAGCUGAGGGGGCUGACCUUGGGGAGGACCUACUUGUUCCAGGUGUGCGCCGAGGAGCUGCUUGGUCUGGGUGAGCGCAGCGACUGGAGCUUACCUGUAAACUUCACAGUACCAAGACCCAACCAUUAGGAACACUCUCCUGAUUUAUUUACCCACUCAGUGUUAAACUAGGAGCCAAGUGAAUCCUCUCAACUGCACAAACAAUGCUAGUAAACUGACAUUUUUAAUUUAUUUAUGAAGGAAUAUUUUUUUUUCCAAUUAAAAUAUUUUUUUUGUAUUUU